AUGAUCAACUCCACGCAGAUCGCGCGCCUGGACGGCCUAGUCCUAGCUGCAUCGGUGGACGAUGAGGAGUCGGAAGCUCAGCUCACCGACAUCAAGAGCAAGGUCAAACAGAUCAUGCGACGCCUUAACAAGAACUCGGAGCCGCAAGCCAGCAUUGAGAGCGGCAAAUACACACUCCACUACCUGAUCCACGAUAACCUUGUUUUCCUCUGCAUCUGCGACCAGUCCUACCCGCGGAAACUCGCAUUUACAUACCUUUCGGACCUGCAACAGGAGUUCACGACAACAUACCCGUCGCAGCAGUAUCUCUCUCCGACGUGUCGGCCAUUUGCUUUCAUCGAGUUCGACACCUUCAUACAGAGGACGAAGAAAACAUAUCAGGACAGCCGGGCGUCAAUGAACCUCGACAAGUUGAAUGACGAGUUGAAAGACGUGACAAAAGUGAUGACGAAGAACAUCGAGGAUUUGUUGUACCGGGGAGACAGCUUAGAAAGGAUGGGAGAGAUGAGCGGACGACUCCGAGAAGACAGCAGAAAAUACAAGAGAGCAGCGGUCCGGAUCAAUUGGGAACUGCUCCUCAAGCAGUAUGGGCCGUUCGCCGCCCUCGGGUUCAUCAUGAUUGUAUUCAUCUGGUGGCGCUUCUUCUGA